AGUUUUCUUCCCGUAAAUGCCACAAGUCGAGAGCGCCGCCGAGCCCCGGGCAGCUGCCCUGGGGCGGGAGCCGCGGAGCCCGCGCCGCGCGUAAAGGAGCCGCUCGCAGCAGGGCCGGCGGGGCGCCUCUCCCCGCGAAGUUCCCCGGACCCGCCGCCGUCCCGCCCAGCAUGAGCGGCGGCGGGCGCACGGGCGCCCGAGUGGCCGUGAAGAUGGAGGUGGCGCCCUUCUACGCCGAGGAAGGGCUGGAGCUGCUCCCGGAUUUCGUGCAGCUGCCGGGCUUCGGCGCCGGGGGCCCCAGCGGGCUGGAGCCGGCCGACGAGAGCGGGGCGGACCAGCACAAGCUGCUCCUGCCCGGCAAGAAGCCGCCGCCGCCGCCGCGGAGCUUGGUGGGCCCCGGAGGGCUGCAGCCCCUGCUGAAGCUGCCGGCCGCCGCCGACCUGGAGCAGCUGCUCAUCCAGGCGGGCAGCGCCGGCCUGGCCGGCCCGGCCAGCCCCACUGCCGGCGGGCCCUCGGGGGCCGCGGCCGCCGGCGGGCCCUUCCUCUACCGGCCGGCGCAGCCCCCGGCGCCGGUGACGCAGGAGCAGGAGGGCUUCGCCGACGGCUUCGUCAAGGCUCUGGCCGACCUGCACAAGCAGAACCAGCUGCUGGGCCCGCCGCCGGCCCCGCUCUCGCCCACCCCGCACGCCGGCGGCCCCUGCUGCCCCCCGGCCCGGCAGGACCCGCCGGCCGUCUACACCACCCUGGGCGGCUUCAAUCCGGCCAGCCCGGCGGCCGGCGGCGCCUUCUUCUCGCCCCCGCCCGUGGCCCGCCUGCCCGCGCCCGGCUCGACGGGGAGGGCGCUGGAGGAGCCGCAGACGGUCCCGGAGGCGCCCGGGGUGGCGGUCCCCGCGCCGCCGCCCGCCGCGCUCUCGUCCGGCGAGUCCCCGCCGCCGCCCGCCGCGCUGUCGCCGCUGGACGCCGAGAGCCAGGAGCGGCUGAAGGCCGAGCGCAAGAGGCUGCGCAACCGCAUCGCCGCCUCCAAGUGCCGCCGGCGCAAGCUGGAGCGCAUCGCCCGCCUGGAGGAGAAGGUCAAGGCGCUGAAGGGGCAGAACGCCGAGCUGGCCGCCACCGCCAGCCUCCUGCGCGCCCAGGUCAGCCAGCUGCAGGGCCGCGUGCGCAGCCACCUCUCCAGCGGCUGCCACAUCAACGCCGCCGCCGCCGCCCCCGGCCAGAGCGCGCCGGCCCCCGGGCAGCCCCCCGCGGGCAGGGAAGCGACCGCCGAGCCGGAGACGAGGACCUGCUGA